AGGAGCCUGGGCUGGUUGCAUGUCUGUGCUGUUCCAGCAUGCAGUGAGAGGUUGCUGGCUGUACAGAGUGACAAUGGCACCCAAAAACAUUGUUCUCUUUGGGGCCACUGGAAUGACUGGUCAGGUGACCUUGGCACAAGCCCUGGAGGAAGGAUAUAAUGUGACCGUGCUGGUAAGGGACCCUGCUCGCCUGCCCGCUAAUAAGAAACCCACCCGAAUCGUAGUGGGGGAUGUGCUGAAUAAAAGUGACGUCAGCAAAGCUGUAGAGGGACAGGAUGCCGUGAUAAUUGUCCUGGGAACAAGAACUGACCUAGGACCGACCACCAUGCUGUCAGAAGGGACGAGGAAUAUUGUGGAGGCGAUGAAGGAGCAUGGAAUUCGGAAAGUGGUGGGCUGCAUGUCUUCCUUCCUGCUGUGGGACGUUGCUAAAAUCCCCCCUCGUCUUCUGCCGGUGACGGAGGAUCACAUCCGGAUGCACCAAGUCCUGAAGGACUCCGAACUGGACUAUGUGGCGGCGCUCCCUCCACACAUCGCAGCUGAUAAGCCCCUGACGGGAGAUUACAAAGUGUCAGUGGAACGCGGAGGUAAUGUGAUAUCCGCUCCUGACCUCAGCAACUUCUUCCUCCGGUGCCUAAAGACCAAUGAAUACGAUGGGAAGAGCGUCACACUAUCCCAGAAUUACUAACGGCUCCGUCUGCUGCUUGUAUGCUUGAAGGAACGAGAGGAAAAGAAUUCCUGUAGAAGCUCAAACUCUACCUGUCGGCCAUAAUAAAUUUAAAGUGCACUUUUGUUGAGAAAAAAAACCAACCCCCUCUUGGUGAUCUAACAAACACUGUAUCAGAGUCCAACCUUUUUCUGUUGUGAAUUUAAAAAAAUGUUUGUUCCACCAUACUCUUUGCAAGCCUCAUUCCUGUAUGUAGGGUCUGGUUCAUUAUAACCACCUGGUGCAUUUUCUGUUUUCUAAUCAAGAAAGUUGCUGUGUCUACAUGCUUUUUAGUAAUUAAAGUGUAUGUAAACUCUAACAAUAAAUGCAUUUUAUUUGCUUCC